CCCCAAAACUCAGAGUCCAUGUAAGGCGUUUCUUUCCUUUACUUAAUAAACUGAUGUCAUGAUGAUAAGGAGAUUUUUAAGCGGUUCCAGGCGCAGCAGUUGUAUUCUGUGGUCAGCACAGAGUCUGUGAACAUCUCUGUCUGUCUGCCUUGUGGAAAAACUUGCCUAACCAAUAAACAUGGCCAACCAUGGACCCAGCUAUGGAUUUAGUAAGCAUGUUCAAAACAAGAUCGAGAAGAAGUAUGAACCAGAACUGGAGGAGCGGCUAGUGGAAUGGAUUAUUGCCCAGUGCGGGCAAGGUGUCGGCCGACCAGAGUCUGGGAGGCUGGGUUUCCAGUCAUGGCUUAAAGAUGGCACAGUACUCAGCCAACUGAUCAACAGCCUCUACGCUGAUGACAAGAAACCAAUCAAGAAGAUUCAGACCACUGAUAAGGCCUUCAAACAAAUGGAACAAGUUUCGGAAUUCCUGAAAGCUGCUGAGAGAUAUGGCGUCAACAAGACAGACAUCUUCCAAACUGUGGAUCUUUGGGAAUCUAAGGAUUUGGCUGCUGUGCAAAGAACUCUCAUGGCCUUGGGAAGUAUUGCAGUAACAAAGGCUGAUGGAUAUUACCGCGGUGAUCCAAACUGGUUUCACAAGAAAGCACAAGAGAACAAACGUGAAUUUACAGAAGAACAACUACGCCAGGGGCAGAACAUCAUCGGCUUACAGAUGGGAAGCAACCAAGGAGCAUCACAGGCCGGAAUGUCUGGCUAUGGACUUGGCAGGCAGAUUAUCAGCUAAAAAAUCUAUUAAUUGAACUCUUUGUAAAGCAAGAUUCUACCAUUUCAAAGUGAAUAGAAGUCCAAACAGCCCAAAACACUAAAACCUUCAACAAAGUAAAUGGUGUGAUUUAGGCAGGUUGUAUUUAUUAUUUGGCAGUUUAAAAAGGUGUCUUUUGUCCUUUUAAAGUCUUGCGACAUUUAUUGCCCCUCCCCCUGAUAUGGGCUGUAAUGUGGACAUAUAUAUGUUACAUUUGCUCUAGUACAUGGACCUUUCCAUCACGCAUUUAUUCAUUAAAAAUUACUGAUGGCUGCAAGGACUGCUGUCACUUUGCUAACUUUCGCUUCAACCCUGAUGUGGAAUUGUACAGAUGUAUUACAGCAUGCUGUCAAAGCUUAUUGGUUGUAUGGCUUAACCAUUCUGCUUUCUGUUGCUUCAUUUGAAAUCUUAUCACUCUGUCUAGUUGGUAAAGAGAUGGCCUUUUUAUGUAUUAAAAAUGUAUGAAGAGAGGUUGAAAUGAAUAAAAUUGUCUUUUUUUUUCUUA